AUGACGCACGUCAAAGAAAUGGUCUUUGCUGCUGAAAAAUUACGGCAACUUAAGGCGGCAUUCGUGAUUUAUUCGUGGGCCAAAUCAAUUCUCAACUCUCACCUAUCUUGCUCUAGAGCCCCGGUUGAUCUCAUCGAAAAGAAUACGGUGCUGGGCAAAUGUACACAUUACAAGAUGAUGCUCUACGAUGUCGACGUGGAACAUCCACGGAAGACUUUUCAUGUUAGCGACUACUAUACGCUAGUUUUAUGUAUAUUGUACUUACUCAUAGGAACCACUUCUAUUCUUUUCAAUAUCUUCAACAUCUAUGUAUUCGGAAGAAAGCGAUCACUCAGGAAGAAAUAUAUUGUCAUUAUUUUUCUGGAAGCUUCCGAGAUCGUAAAUGGAUUCGCUUACAUAUUGACUGGUGCCGGUCGACUUUCUGCGAUUGCCUACGGCAGUUUACGAAGUCAAAUAUCUGUAGAAGAUUGCUUUUUUACUAAACCAUGGCCUGCAUUUAUAAUAAUCGGCACACAAUUGCCAGCUUUGGUUGUUAUCUUUGGCUCAAUCGAGCGAACAAUCGCAGUUCAUCAACCUAGUCAUUAUUAUCGGCAUUGGAACUAUAGCUACAAGCUCAAGCGGCUUUUCUUUCUUCUUGUCAUUCAAAUGCUCUCAAUAACCCUAGCUGCAAGAUCCUCAUACGGGCUCGACAAUCUGAAUCCAUCCCAGCAUUGUCCGAUCAUUUGGUCAACGCACAUCGCCUACUGCACGGCUCACUUCCUGUUCGUUGUGCUCGCCUAUGUGAUCAGCUUUGUGACGUUGAUGUCGAUCUUUCGAAGCCGAAGGGGCUACAACCAAGUCAGCUCCUCAUUCCGUCGUUGGCAAGGUGCCAAGAGAGAGUCAAACCUCCGAGUGUUUAUGAUGACUUCGUUGAUGUGCAUCGUGUUUAUGUCGAUCCCAGCUCUUGUCAGUCUUUUGAUUCGUUGGGGAGUCGUCGUAGGAAAUGAUUUUGUGCUUGGGAUCUCGCUAGUGCCACCUGGUCUCAUUUCGAUCGGCACCACUAUGAUCAACUGCGUUUUCCACAGUGAUUAUCGAACUCAUGUGCUUCGGAUUUUCUGCCCGACUAAAACUGAGAAAACAACGGCCGGAUGUAUCGGAGCUAGUGAGAUCUUCCCCGAACGGGAAACCAUGCAUGUGCAUUCGCUCAUCCUCGAAAAGGACACCCGCCUUCAUCUUACGGAUAAUAGCGAAAUUAUGCUGUGAUUAGCUAGUUACAUCCUUAGAGCUGUAAUUGUACACAUUUCACCGACUUUCAGGAUCUCCUUAUCAUAUGUGAUCUCAUUGUCGCUGUUCUAGGUUUAACAGUGACUAUACUUACGGUUACUUUAUAAUGAAUAAUCGCGAUUACUUCUGUCCCAGAAGGUCUGUGUAUGACAUAUCUGUCUGUUUUUAAACGUGAA